GCUCGAUCUCUUGUGACGAAAGUGGUCAACAACUUGACUGCGAAGAUGGAAAUCGGUGCUCCAAUGGUAUGUGCAUAUUUGCUUGGGUUCGGUGACCAUUACACAAAUAUCUCAUUCAAAAAGUUCUUCUGGUCCCCAUAUGUCCGCUUUCUUGACGGCAGUGCAACCAGGACCAGCGACGUCUUCAGUGAGUCCGGCACCUCACCCCGCGGUGAGCACGAACAGCACAAUGUCAGUGCUGAUAGUGAUCGUGUGGUUAUAGGUCGAGCCGGCAACAAUAUCGUUCCACUAAACAAGAUAUACGACUAUGUAUACCGCCCUGCGUUCUUUAGUCAUUACUGUCUGUAUGACUACCUUACCAUGACUGAUGUUGUCAAGCUUCCACGACGCUCUGCUGCAAUUCACCGUCUAUUCCGAGGCCAUCCAUUGCGUCAGACGCAUGCCGUCGUCUUCCUUGAACUCUCAAAGCAUUAUGUGCUGGACUUUAUCGGCAAACCACUUCCUCGGCAUGAUAAAGGUGACCGUGAGGAGUACUGCCAGACUAUGCUGACAUUUUUCGUUCCCGGAGGUUGGAGAUGUGCGAACGAUGUCAAAUUACCCACAGAGACCUGGGACGCAGUUUUUCAUCGCACUACGUUCGCACCUGAACAUCUGCAGAUCAUGGCCAACAUGAACGUUCUGUAUGAGUGCCGCGAUGCUCGCGAUGACUUCGCGGCCCAGCGGGCUGCAGAUGCCAGUCUUUCCUUCGGUGUUGAUGCUCUCGAUCCUACAGUCGUUUCCCACUUGGAUGCGGAGCACUUCGAGAACAAUGUUCUCUCUAACAUUACUGAGGAGCAGCUGCUCAACUCCUUGCAUGACUCGCUGGCAUGCGAAGGUCGAUUAACUGCAAGGAUCAAGUCUCAAAUGACCAGCAUGCAUACAUUGCUUCACGCAUUAAACAUGGACUUCGCCAUCGCUCCUAAGCACGUUGACAAUACUGGGACCCAUGACAUCAUUCCCUGUAGAUCCAUGUCUGACUGGAAAGCAUCGUUGUCGAUGGCGAGAGAACAGGUCAUUCGCAAUAGAUCUGUUGCGGCAUCUCGGGUGACACCUGUGGAUAAGUCCUCUUCCCACCAUGUCACCGUUAAUGGGCAAAUGCUAAACUGCUUCGUUCCUGAUUCCGUCAUCGUCUUGACAAACAGUUCAUCACCACGUCCACCUCCGGGCCAUGCAACAAUCCCGCUGUCAAUUGAGGACAGUACGAUCGCUCUUGUAAUUCGCAUAUUACAGUCAUUUAGUCUGAAUGUUGAACAGGAACGUGCAUUUCGCAUUAUCUCUCGCUGGCUCCUUCACAGAGAGACACAUCCAUUGCAAAUGUAUCUCGAAGGACCUGGUGGGACGGGAAAAUCCCAAGUCAUACGAGCUGUGUCCUCCUUCCUGACUAAACGUGGAGAAUCAUUUCGUCUUAUGCUUCUUGCUCCCACAGGCUCUGCUGCAUGUGUAAUCUCUGGCUCUACUUAUCAUUCUGUCCUUGGU